AUGACAGGCAUGCGCAACGAGACAGAACAAAUCCUUCGGACUUGGUUGCAUGAUGUUGGAUUUGAUCUCCAACAAGGAGCACGGCCAUUUCACACAGAACUCUACACGGAACUCAAACAAUGGAUUGUCUCUCGUAAUCUUCAGGAGAAUCAACUAAGUCGCAUUCUGAUGCUCUUGCCAGCAUGUACCAGCGCCGCUGAUAAGAUGUAUCCUCAUGCUUGCCCCCAGUUGAAACGAUAUAUUGCGCUGUAUACCACUUUUCUCCUCUAUGUGGACGAGAAAGCAGAAAAGAAUCCUGACCACCUCCAUCCCGAUCUUCAGAGAGUUACAACUGGUGCUGGCAAUGGUCUCAAUACUAUAAAAUGUGAUGACACUGUUAUGAAUUUGUGGCUGGAGCUUGUUGCUACUGAAACCAGAAAGCUCUAUGGCCCUUAUUCAACUGGUGUGAUUACCAAAGGCCUGAUCGAUCUCAUGCUGGGAAGCACAGUUGAAUCGAUGUUUGCGACAGGCUUGAAGCUUCCACCCAGACUUGGACAAAGAGCAUCCAAACUUAUACGCGACAAGACCGGAGCUGGGGAAGUGUAUGCCCACUUCCUAUUUCCAGAGCACCUUGCAGCAGAAAAUGAGCACUUGCCAAAUUAUAUACCCUUUAUUGCCUGUAUGCUGGACAUCAUUGAUGACGUGAAUGACAUUCUAUCGUUCUUUAAGGAGUCUGUGGUUGGGACCGAGAUGAACACAAACAUCAUGAAUCGAGCCCGUACAUCAUGUUGCGAACCUCAUCAUGUACUAGAGCAAAUUUGCAAGGAAACAGUUGAGACUAUGGAUGCUGUCAGGAAUGAAAUUGGAGAAAAAGGCGUUGUUGGAAAACUUUGGAGGGACUUUAUCAAUGGCUAUAUCAUGUGGCACAUUUGUGAGGACCGGUAUCGGCUGAAGGAAAUUGGGAUCGAGAUGAGAGUUACACAGAACAGUGGUUAA